AGCCGCCGAGCGAGCGCAGGCUUCCCGCUGUGCCCAGAGUCUCUCGGAGCACGAGGCCUGAGGGGACUGAGCCCCUCCAAGCCGUGCCAGGAGGGGAGGAGGAGGUGGCCUGACUGUCCCCCAGCCAUGAGCCGCCGCGUGGUGCGCCAGAGCAAGUUCCGGCACGUCUUCGGGCAGCCGGUGAAGGCAGACCAGAUGUACGAGGACAUCCGUGUCUCCAAGGUGACGUGUGACAGCUCCUUCUGCGCUGUCAACCCCAAGUUUGUGGCCAUCAUUGUGGAGUCCGGUGGUGGUGGCGCCUUCAUUGUCCUGCCUCUUGCCAAGACAGGACGAGUGGACAAGAACCACCCGCUGGUGACGGGACACACGGCGCCCGUGCUGGACAUCGACUGGUGUCCCCACAACGACAACGUCAUCGCCAGCGCCUCGGAGGACACCACUGUCAUGGUGUGGCAGAUCCCCGACUAUGUCCCCGUGCGCAACAUCACGGAGCCCGUGGUGACACUGGAGGGACACUCCAAGCGGGUGAGCAUCAUCUCCUGGCACCCCACCGCCCGCAACGUCCUGCUCAGCGCAGGCUGCGACAACCUGGUGAUCCUCUGGAAUGUGGGCACCGGGGAGAUGCUGCUGGCUCUGGACGACAUGCACACCGACCUCAUCUACAACGUGGGCUGGAACCGCAACGGCAGCCUGCUGGUCACCACCUGCAAGGACAAGAAGGUCCGUGUCAUCGACCCCCGCAAGCAGCAGAUCAUAGCGGAGAAAACCAAACCGCACGACGGCACCCGGCCCAUCCGCGCCAUCUUCGUGGCCGAUGGCAAGAUCUUCACCACGGGCUUCAGCAGGAUGAGCGAGCGGCAGCUGGGCCUCUGGGACCUGAAUAACUUUGAGGAGCCCAUUGCCCUGCAAGAGAUGGACACGAGCAACGGGGUCCUGCUGCCCUUCUACGACGCCGAUUCCAGCAUUGUCUACCUCUGUGGGAAGGGUGACAGCAGCAUCCGGUACUUCGAGAUCACGGACGAGGCUCCCUACGUGCACUACCUGAACACCUACAGCAGCAAGGAGCCCCAGCGGGGCAUGGGCUUCAUGCCCAAGCGAGGGCUGGAUGUCAGCAAGUGUGAGAUCGCCAGGUUCUUCAAGCUGCACGAGCGCAAGUGCGAGCCCAUUGUCAUGACGGUGCCACGCAAGUCAGACCUCUUCCAGGAUGACCUGUACCCCGACACGCCAGGCCCCGAGCCAGCCCUGGAGGCAGAUGAGUGGCUGUCGGGGAAGGAUGCAGAGCCCAUCCUCAUCUCUCUGCGGGAUGGGUACGUCCCCAUCAAGAACCGGGAGCUGAAGGUGGUCAAGAAGAACAUCCUGGACAGCAAACCCCCGCCAAGCCCCCGGCGCAGGCACUCCACCUGCGACUCAGACUUCUCUCCAGCCUUGGAGGAGGUGCUGGAGGAGAUCCGUGCCCUGAAGGAGACGGUCCAAGCGCAGGAGAAGCGCAUCUCCGACCUGGAGAACAAACUCGGCCAGUUCACCAACGGCACGGACUAGCGCGGCGGCCACGAGCACGGGCAGGGCCAGGACUGCCCCGGCCUGCCGGGGAUUAAAGCCGAGUCCCCACCUUGGGCAGGAGCCCGGAACCGAGUUCUUUCCCCAGGAGCCGAGGGGGCAGGCAGGGGUCGGACCUGAUCCCACCUCCACUGGCAUCAGUGGCAUCCUGCUCCAUGGGCACCCACUGCAGCA